AUGGCUUCGCAGUUCGCCAUCCUAGCCAUUUUUGCGUUCGUUGCCCUCCCGUCGGUCGCCUUGGCGAUGCAGUGGACCGUCGGAGACGAUAGCGGCUGGACCAAUGGCUACAAUUACACGGAUUGGGCUAAGGACAAGGUGUUCCAAGUCGGAGAUAGUCUCUUGUUCAACUACCAAGCGCCCCACCACAAUGUGUUCAAAGUGAACAUGACCGACUUCCAGGCGUGCAACAUCCCGCCGGCGAAUGAGGCCCUCACAACUGGCCACGAUGUCAUCCCUCUUUCGACUCCCGGGGUCAAGUGGUACAUCUGCGGGAUCGGCGAGCACUGCGCGAAGUCCAACCAGAAGCUCAAGAUCACCGUCGUGGCCGACACCCAAGUUCCAGCUUCGCCACCAGCUGUCGUUGAGCCAGGUACCUCGGGCACCAACGCCCUCGUUUCGGCCAGCUUCAAGUUUCUUGCGGCCGCCGGGGUUGCUCUCGUCCUGGUCACAGUUUGA